AAUUUUCAUGAAUUCUGUUGUAAUUUUUUGCAAUUGUUUGCGUGAUUAUGUUACAACUGCUAAGUAUAAUUGAAAUUGCAUGUUUUCUGUUAUUAAUUCAACCCCAAUUUCAUAUUGUAAAUAAUUAGGGUUCAUGUAAGUGUAAAUUAAUUUGGGGGUUUUUGAUAUUUCAAUUAGGCAGUAAAAUUAAGGUUAGAUUAUGGUAAUUGUGUUCAAAUACAAUUAAAUUCAAUGAAAAUUUGGCAGUAGAAAUGGUCACACUACCUCCGAAUUACGAGAACAAUUUUUUUCCAGAAGUCGAAUCUAUUCUUCGUCGCCGUUUGUUUUCUGAAACCUCUGUCAUAUAACAAUCAGGUUCAGGAAACAGAAAUUGAAGCAGCUCAGAAUUGGAAUGAACAAAAAAGACAAAGAUGGAGAAGAGUUUAAAACACUAAUAGCAGAUAUGGCAGCAGCAUCAUCUGGCUUUUCAAUUGGAGACUUAUAUCCGUCAUUGAAAUUUAUAAGUACAAUUAGUGGAAUGAAAGGGCAACUUCAAGAUAUUGUCAAGAGAAUUGACACAUUGAUGGAUCCUAUAAUUGAAGAGCAUAUGGCUAAGAAAAAACAAGGUAUUAAAGACCAAGACGAAGACUUGAUUGAUGUUCUUCUAAAUUUCCACAAAGACAACCUACGUCUUAACACCGAUUUUUCUCUUACUACCAACAACAUCAAGGCCAUAGUUGUGGAGUUGUUUGGUGGUGGAAGUGAUAAAUCUUCAACUGUAAUCGAGUGGGCAAUCUCUGAGUUGUUAAAGAAUCCUACAAAGAUGGCAAAGGCUCAAGAUGAGGUGAGACGAGUAUUGCAAGGAAGUGAGACAAUAAUUAAUUAUGAGGCAAAUCUAGAUAAGCUCAAGUAUUUGAAACUCGUAAUCAAAGAAACUUUAAGGCUUCAUCCCCCUUUCCCUUGCUUGGUCCCAAGAGAGUCCUUAACGAGAUGUGAAAUUGAUGGUUAUGAAAUACCUACGAAAACCCGAAUUUUCAUUAAUGCAUGGGCUAUUGGAAGGAAUCCGAAACAUUGGACAAACCCAGAAGAGUUUAAUCCCGAAAGAUUUGAAGAAUCUUCAAUUGAUUACAAGGGAAUGCAUUUUGAGCUAAUUCCAUUUGGCUCUGGAAGGAGGGUGUGCCCAGGAAUGGGACUAAGUAUCACCACAAUCGAGCUCGUGCUAGCCAUGUUGCUAUAUCAUUUUGAUUGGAAGUUACCUUAUGGGAUUGGACCCGAAGAAUUGGACAUGGAUGAGAAUUUUGGCAUAGUAGGGAGGAGGAAGAUUGACUUGCAAGUAAUUCCUUUGCUAUACACUUUCUCAGGUUUCAAAUGAUAUAAAUAGCAUUUUUGUUGCUAUAUAAAUAAACCAUCUUGGUUUUGUAUGGCAAUAAUCUAAUACAAAGUAUUUUCUUUCAAAUAAGUGAUCUCGGGAUCAUACUUCAUUACUUGUAAUAUUUACAUGUAUGUUUAAUUAUUAAUGGUCUUUUGUU